UGAGGUCACACCUGGUAAACUUCCGCCAACCUUACCGCAGUCUGCACGUUCCCCCACCCUGCUUCCCACCACCAUCACCCUUCUUCCGCCUACUGUUCAUCAUCUCCAUCGCUUUUCUUCUUGUCUUUCUUGAUUGCUUUUGUCUCCCUCACUCUUCCUGUUGCCAACCUCUCCUUACCUUGCUUCCCGCGUGGAAACUGCAAGGAGAGAGAGAGAGAGAGAGAAGUUGCUUGCUGGGAUCUCCAUUGUUCCCCACCUCCUGCUUCUCCUCCUCAUUUCUCAUGCGUACAAGACAUCCCAAAUCCCACACUCUUUCUCUUUCUUUGCCUUCUCCCCCUUCCCAUCUCCCUUUCUUUUCCUUUUAACCCCGUUUUCCAUCUCUUUCAUUUCCUCCCAAUACCUUCCAUCUCCCACAUUGUCCUGUUCUUCCCCCACCUCCUAAUCACUCCAAAAAGUUUAUAAAGUUUUAAUCUUUCCUGUUUAAUCCUAUAGAAAACCCAUCUUCCCACUCGGAUUCAUCUUUCUUCUGCCCAAAGUUUCGAUUUUUACCUUGAAUUCAAUCAUUCCGAUUGAUAAAAAUCCCAUCUUUUUUUCUUUUUCUUGAUUCGGAGUUUUUGAGUUGAGUAGAGCUUCUAGAUCUCGGCCGAGAUGGGCGGUCAGCUCAGCAGGAGACCCGGCACGCCACCAGUCGUCCACGUCGAUGGCGGAGCAACCACCAGCGCCGGCGGCCGCGGUGGCAUGGAGUACUUGGCCGAACUGAGCUCCUACGAGGCGGCGUGCCGCCUGGACCCGGAGCUCCAGUCCUUCGACACCACCUUCCAGCAGCGCACCAGCCGGGUCAUCUCCACCCUCGCCCUCGGCGUCGAGGUCCGCUCCCUCUCCUUCAACUCCCUCAAGGAGGUCACCGGUUGCCUCCUCGAGAUGAACCAAGAGGUGGUCAAGGUCAUCCUGGAGUGCAAGAAGGAUAUCUGGAAGAACCCUGAGCUCUUCGACCUCGUCGAGGAGUACUUCGAGAGCAGCCUCCAGACCCUCGACUUCUGUACUGCCCUCGAGAAGUGCCUCAAGAAGGCCCGGGACAGCCAAUUGAUCAUCCAUGUCGCCCUCCAACACUUUGAGGAAGAGGAGGAGGUGGUGGAAGAAGACAGCAAGAAGAAGUAUUUGAAAACUUUAGAGGAAUUGAGGCAUUUCAAGGCAGCCGGCGAUCCAUUCACAGAGGAAUUCUUCCAGGUAUUUCAAUCAGUUUAUAGGCAGCAGCUGUCGAUGUUCGAGAAGCUACAGCAGAGGAAGAACAAGGUGGACAAGAAGCUGAAAUCGAUCAAGGCAUGGAGGAAAGUAUCGAGCAUAAUUUUUGUGGCCACCUUUGCCACCAUUCUCAUUUGCUCGGUGGUGGCCGCCGCUGUGGCUGCACCGCCUGUUGCUGCAGCUUUGGCUGCUGCGGCCUCCAUUCCGGUGGGGUCGAUGGGGAAGUGGAUCGACUCACUGUUGAAGGGUUAUCAGCAGGCAGUGAAGGGGCAAAAGGAGAUUCUCAGCUCCAUGCAGGUGGGCACCUACAUUAUGAUAAAGGAUUUGGAUAGCAUCCGGGUGCUCAUCGACCGGUUGGAGAUCCAGAUAAAUGCAUUGCUGGAUAAUGCUGACUUUGCACUCAGGGAUGAGGAGGCAGUGAAAUUUGGGAUUGAGGAGAUUAAGAAGAAGCUGGAGGUGUUUAUGAAGAGCAUUGAGGAUUUGGGGGAGCAAGCAGACCGGUGCAGCAGAGAUAUAAGGAGAGCGAGGACCGUAGUCUUACAGAGGAUCAUUAGGCAUCCAAAAUGAAUUCAGGAGGCCGCUGGGUAUGUGUUUCUCAAAUAAUUGAUGUUAUUCUUAUUUGAUUGUGAUACUCUGUAUGUUACUGCAAGUAUCACAGAACGUGUACAUGUGAAAUAUUCUCACAUCUUGCUUUGAUGAAUAAUAGAAGAGUAGCUUCUGCCUCUAUAUUACCAAGG